AUGGCGCUGGAGAUCAACGAGAAGGAAGUGGCGGCCGCGUCGUCGUUUGAGCUGUGGAAGGAGACGGAGGCGGGGAAGGAGAAGAUCGGGAAGCUGAAGAGCUCGAUUGUGAGUCGAGGCGUGAGCGAAGAGACGGCGGAAAGCAAGGCGGAGGAAACGUAUAAACGGAGGGUUUUGUCGAAGGCCGUGGAGGCGGUGCAGGAGAAGUUUGAGGAAGAGAAGAAGGCUAUUGAGGAGGAAAUAAGGGAGAAGCAGGCUGCUCUGGAGACUAUGGGAAAGUGAGUGUAAUUUGU